UUGGGGUAGAAUGUUGCUCACAUAAUGCAUCUCCUCUCCCAUGUAAGAACAUCAGCGUUGGUUGUUACCCAGCUAGGAUACCACGCAAUGAUGAGUACUAUGCAGACAAAGGAGUGACAUGUAUGAGUGUGGCAAGGUCUAUGAAGACUUACACUUUUGGAGGUAUCUUAGGUCCAGCAGAGACAAUUAAUUCUGAAAAUCACCUUAUUGAUGCUUCUUUCACAUAUGGCCCUAGCCAGAAGCGAGCAUAUGAAAUAAGAAAAUUUGAAGGUGGUAAGCUUACUGAACAGGUCCUUCCUGAUGGUAGAAAGGUGUUGCCACAAGUGUCUAACUCAAUGGUAUCUUGUAGCCUGCCAUCAAACGGAACGUGUUUCAUCGCAGGUGAUGUGCGUGUGAACCAGAACACCCAACUGACGAUUCUACAAAAUUUGUAUUUACGAGAACACAACAGGGUGGCUGACAAGCUGUCUUCCAUGAACCCACACUGGGAUGACGAGAAGACGUACCAAGAGGCUCGCAGAAUUGUUAUUGCAGAACAUGAACACAUAACCUACACAGAAUUCAUUUCACAGAUUCUGCGUGAUGACCUAUUAGAGAAGUUCCAUAUAAAAUCAAAUCAAACUGGCUACAGCCACUGUUACAAGGAGGACCUGAAACCAGCUACACUCUCCGAGUUCACAGAGGCAGUUUACAGGAUGUUCCAUGGGAUCGCUCAGAGUGAUUUGCUUAUGUACAAAGACAUAGGGUGUCCAGUCGGAAAAAUAAAAAUAAACAGAUGGUUCGAUAAACCAGAAAUCCUCAUUCAAGGUAACAAUUUGGAUCAGCUGACCUUGGGCCUCACACAGCAGCCUGCCACAAAGGAUGACAAAUACACAGUCUAUGAGCUUAACAGGAACCUGUUCCAAGUUGAUGGGCCUUACGGCCAAGACCUGGAUAUGUUUGACAUAAUAAGAGGAAGAGAUAAUGGCUUGGGACACUAUAAUGAUUAUCGAGAAUUAAUAGGCCUGCCAAGAGCAACAAAAUUUGAAGACUUUGCUGAUCUUAUGUCAUAUGAGGAUGCCAUGGCCUUGGGACAGUAUUAUGCAGAUCCAGACGAUGUUGAGCUGAUGAUGGUGAUGCUGGAGAAAACCAGCCCAGACAAACUGACUGUGAGGCAGGCUAUUCUCGCAGAGCAAUUCUACCGCUGGAGAUGUGGAGACAGAUUCUUCUAUGAUUACAGUGGGUCCCCUUACCCAUUCUCAGAAGAUCAGCUAAAUGAAAUUAAAAAGGUAACAAUGUCCAGGAUAAUUUGUGACAACUCAGACAACAUAACCAGAAUACAGACCAACAGUUUCAAGAAAAUCAGUGACACGAACCCAGCAACAGACUGCACACUCAUUCCACAGGUGGAUCUGAGCUACUGGAAAGAGGAACAAUGACUACAGCUCCAAAUAAAAUAAUGUGACAUUAUUACACUAACAUGUAAUUGCACUCUGUAAUACAUGGAUGUUUAUAAACAGUGCAAUUCAA